AUGACAGUAACCCUUCGUUCUCCGUCGAAAAAAGAAGCGAAAGUCUACCGCCACAAGUUUCGACAAAGUGGGUUAAACCAUAGGAAUUUGGAUCAACUCGAAACAUUAUCAAAGAAGCUUAAAUCCAAGAUAGUUAGGGCUGAGGCACCUUCACACUUCAUUGCUGCAACUAGGCUUCUUGCCCGCGAGGGUAUAAAUGCAGAGCAACUUGUAAGGAAUAUGAAGUUAUUUGAGUUGAAGGACGGGGCGACUAUCUUUAUCACCAAUAGAACAAAACUGAUGAAGAUCAAUUCCCAAAACAGGACGGAGCAACUAUCUUUAUCACCAACGGUAUGA